GCCGUCGCCGUCCUCGCGGUCCCGGUGCCCGGUCUCUGAAACGCCGGCCGCGGCGCCGCCAGUGCCUCCCCUCGGCGUCGUGCACAGGGCAGCAACGGACAUGGCGUGAGCGGAGAGCAGGCAGCCACCCCCGCAGUCCGACAGUCCGACGUCGCCGACGACGCCGACCCCGAGGCCGCGGCCAACAUGCAGAACCACGGCGCCGACCGCUGGCGCGCCGGCAGCAUGGGGCCCACCACCGGCACGCUGCCCGCCGCCAACACCAAGUUCCGUUCCGCCAGACCGAUGCCGGCCUGGGUCCACCAGCAGCAGCAGGCGCAGGCCCGCCUGCUGAACGCCAGGCUGCCGCCCCACGAGCCGCCGCCGCCGCCCACGUCGGAGCCGCCGCCCCUGGACCCGGACUACGAGGUCAUCGAGUUCCCCUCGCAGCAGUACAUCAACACGCAGCCCAGCCAGGCCAAGACCAACGGCUCGGCUGGCGGGCGGCGCGGCGACGGCAAGCACUGCGACCUGUGCGGCAGCUCCACCCCCGCCGUGCGCUGCGACCAGUGCGCCUCGCAGAUCUUCUGCUACUCGUGCGACGACAUGUACCACCGCCACCCCAAGCGGACCACCCACCGGCGGAAGCCGCUGCAGCAGGCCGUGCGGCCCCCGCUGCCCCCCAAGGGCGAGGCCCCCGCCGCCCCCGUGCCGCCCCCGCGCAGGAAGGGCCGAAGCUCGCGGAUGGGAACCCCCAGCCCCUUAGACGGACAGCGCUCCAUGCUAGCAGGCCCCAGCCCCUCCCUCCCUUGCCUCCCCGAGGACUGCAUGCCGUCGCGUUUCCGAGGUCGAGACGAUUGGAGCCCGUUGGAUGCCAGAGUCCGCGCACACCAAAUCGCCAUGGGCAGAGCGUCGCCCAGCUUGUCCGGCCACUUCCCCUCAAGCAGAGACAGCGGCUACCCGGACUGGGACUCGGAGCAGCAGCAGGGCUGGUCCAGGCAGAGGUCCAGCAGCAUUUCGGGCUCGGACGGGUACCGGUCCGGCUCGGGGCUGGCACCGGGCCGGUUCACUGACGGCAUGGCCGGGGGGCUAGCCACCAUGCGGCGCGGCGCCACGCCGCAGCGCGGCAUCGGCAUCAUGUCCUCCGCGUCCGUGUCCAACCUGCACCAGCAGCACGCCAUGCAGCAGCAGCCGCCCUUCGGCAUGAUGCAGGCGCAGUCCAUGGCGCACCUGGGCGGCUGCCCCAGCUGCGCGUGCCACCCCGGCGGCCCCGGCGCCCCGCCCGGCAUGGUGUGGAUGGACGGCAUGGGGACGCCGAUGGGGGCCCCGAUGGGGGCGUGGGACGGCGGCACGCUGCACCGCCACAACUCCAUGGGCAUGCUGCCGUCCGUCAAGUCCAGGCUGAGCGUGCGGUCGCGCACCCGCCACGCGCCCGAGCCCGUGCGCGCGCCCACGCCCAUCUCCGUCACGGACUCGGACGAGGAGGACGCCGACGAGGACGUGGACGAGGAGGCCGACGACGUGGACGACGCGGAGCACGAGCGCGCGCAGGCGCCGGCCGCCGCGCCCCCCGCGGGCUUGCCCAAGACGCAGUGGGAGUGCGAGCACUGCACCUUCAUCAACAAGCCCGGCACCAGGAUAUGCACGGUGUGCUGCAAGACCUCGGACAACCCGCGGCCCGCCGGCCCUGCCCAGCCCCAGGGCCCCGCCAUGCAACGCCGCCUCAGCCAGUCGUCCGCGGACCGCGUGGCGCCCGCCAGGACGGCCGCGGCGCGCCGGAUGAAAACAGAAGCUCUGCCGAAGCCGGCGAGAAAUCAAAUACAGCAAGAGGAGGAGGAUGACGAUGAGGAGGAGGAGGAGGAGGACGUAGAGGAAGCGCAGGAGGAGGUAGAGGAUGACGAGGACGAGGAGGUGGACGAGGAGGCGGAGGGCGAAUCGGCGCAAGAGGAGUCCGUUGAAGACGAGGAGGAGGAGGUGGAGGAGGAGGUGGCGCCUCAGAAGCGCCGCGCCCACUCCAAGCAACUGCAGCAGCAGCAACUGAUGCAGCAACAACUGCAGCAGCAGCCCAAGAACGCCAAGGCCAUGAAGCAGGCCCAGAACAAGGGCAUCCAGAAGACCGCCGCGGCCGCCAAGCCCCUGGCCACCAAGGCGUCGGCGGCCCAGCAGACCACCGCGAGCACGGCGUCGAAGCCGGCACAGGCGCCUGCAGCAGCGCCCGCGCCCGCCAAGCAGACCAACAAGGCCCCCAAGGUGUCGACCGGCGUGGGGCCGUCGCCGCCGCGCGACAUUCCGGACAAGGACCACAACCAGGGCAGGGAGGCCGCGCCGGCCAGUCAGAAGAAGGGCACCAAGAUGAUGACGUCCAAGGGGACCUCGCCGCCGCCUCAGAACAUGUCCACCCAGCGCGACCCGCGGCGCCUCCGCAGGGCGCAGUCCGUGGGGCUGGCCGACGACAUCCACUGGGCGCAGCUGCAGCGCUCCCUCUCCAGGCAGUCCCUCAACAGCGACUCGCAGAGCCUGCCGAUGUCGCCGCGAGAGCUGAGCCCGGCGCGCAGCUACGCGGGCGGCCUGAGCAACCGCUUCCUGGAGGACGACAUGCCCGACGUGGCGUACCCCGUGCGGCCCGGCCGAGGCCUGCAGCGCUGGGACCGGCGGCCCUCCGCCUCGGACUACAGCACCACCUCCACGUUCCAGAGGGACCGACUUGAAAACCGUUCCCUCACCUUCCAGCCGCUGGAGCGCGCGCUGGAGCGUAGCAGACGCAGCAUGAGCCGCGCGGGGUCGCAGCCGCCGGACUACUUCCACACCAUCGAGGACAUGAUGCACAUGCAGACGCGGGCCGAGUCCAUGAAGACGCAGGGCCUGGAGCUGGUGCGGCUGCUCAGGGAGGCCGAGGUCCUGGGCUUCACCGCCGAGGACCUGCAGGCGGCGCUGGCGCACUGCGGGGACAGGCCGCCCAUCGCGUGGCUGCAGGAGAACUGGCGCAACAUGAUGGACACGGUGGUGACGCUGGCCACCAACUACGGGCACGAGCGGCGCGAGAACACCGUGGGCACCAUCUCGGUGGACGAGGCCCGCGACGCCCUGCGCGCGCACAAGGGCAACGUGUGGUCCGCCGUCACCGAGUGCGUGGAGCAGCGCCAGAAGAAGUACGCGGAGCUCCUCUCGCGGGGCAACUUCACGCGCGAGGACAUCGUGACCUCCCUGACGGCCAACCACGGCAACCUGGAGGCGGCCUACGUGGAGCUGAGCCGCACGCAGCUCAAGCCCUUCCUGAUGCGCAUCUGGGGCCCGCCGUCCGUGGGCACGGACAACGAGGCCGGCAACAUGGCGGUGGUGGGCGCGGAGGACGGCGUCGAGGCCGCGAGGCACGGCGCCGAGGCCGCCGCCAGCCGCAAGAGCAGCCUUCUGUCCGCGCCGCACGACGGCGACGAAGACGACAGCGCGGCCGACUUUGUGGACGCUCGUUCCGACGUGGAGCUUGACGCUGCGGUAAGUCCGCGGCCGGAGAUGGCCGACGCCACCUCGGCCCCACCAGUGCAGCAGAAGGCAGUGCAGCAGGUGCAGCAGGAGCAACGGACUCAGGCGGAGCAGCCGGCCAAGCCCCAGGCCGAACCGCCGCAGCAGAAAGGGGCGGCAAAAGCCAAAGCAGACAAGGCGCCUCAAACCCAAGCCAAAGUUCCAACGACAAAACAGGCGAAGCCGACGGAGAAAACGAAACCCCCGCAGGCCGUACGACCCCCACAACAAGUGCAGUCCGCACAGUUAGUGCAGCGGAUACAGAUGGUCCAAGCUCCGCAGCAGGUGCAACCUCCCAAGCAGGUCCAAAAGCAGGUGCCUCCACAGCAGGUACAGCCUCCACUACAAGUACUACCUCCACAACAAGUACCACCUCCACAGCAGGUACAGCCCCAACAAGUGCAACCUCAACAGCAGGUACAGCCCCCACAACAAGUGCAACCUCCACAGCAAGUACAGCCCUCACAACAAGAGCAACCCCCAGAGCAGGUACAGCCCCCACAACAGGUACUGCCUCCACAGCCGGUACAACCCCCACAGCCUCCUCAGCAGGUACAUCCUCCACAGCCUCCACAGCAGGUACAGCCCGCGCCACAAGUGCCAGGCACGCAGCCCUUCUCGCUGGGCGGCCUGGUGAUGAACGCCGCGGCCAGCGCCGCAGCCCUGACCCUGGCGGGGGUGGCCGCGGACCCCGUCGAGUCCGCCGCGGGGCCGAGCGUGGGGCAGGGCAACGACGGCCACCUGGACCAGACCAUCGACCGCCUGGAGAAGGAGAUCUCGCAGCUCAAGCUGCUCACUGGUCAGACGGCCGGCCCGGAGAACAACAUCGAGAGCCUCAUCGAGAGGGUGAAGGAGGUGCGUCGGAGUCAGAGUGAGGUUGGCGGCGGCGGCCAGGAGGCGACGCCAGCCGCGGAGCCCGGCGCCAAGGACGCGGCCCAGGACGGCGUCAAGGAGGCAAACGACAACGACAAGGGCACGACGACCGUGGCGGUGCACGCCAAGCUGCACAUCGACCAGGCCGGCGUGGCCACGCCGAAGCUGGAGCGGCGUCCCAGCCGCCGCGAGCACCGCAAGAAGGACCGCAAGAGCCACAUCUCGGUGCAGGAGGCCAAGGGCCCGCAGAUCACGCUGGCCAAGGAGAAGCAGGACGAGAAGAAGGAGGCCGACGCGGUGGUCCCGCCGGUGGCGCCGCCGAGACGCCCCGAGCGCCACGAGCGGAGGCUGGUGGCGGCGGCGGCCCCCGCCGUGCUGCGGCCCGUCGUGAGCCGCAUCCCCAUGCCGGUGCGCGCCGUGCUGGGCGUCGUGGAGGAGGCGCCGCACGCCCAGGACCUGCUGCACGGCGUCCCGGAGAGCGAGAAGCAGGCCCUCAGCCUGUACGCCAAGCGCAUCCAGAACGCCAUCGCCGCUGAGAAGGCGCGGCCCGAGCCCGAGCCCGCCGACGAGGACAGCGACGACGACGACGCCGACAGCCUGGAGAACAACGCCAGCACCAGGGAGGACCUGGUGCGCCAGGACACCGUCGUAGAGGUGAAGCGGCCGGCCAGGGCGCCGCAGCCCGACGCGGCCAAUGCCAAGGACGCCAAGGACGCCAAGGAAGGACCGCGCGGAAUGCAGCAGCAGCUGGAGCUGUUCAAGCAGAAGCGGCUGCAGCAGCAGCAACACAAGGACGCCGUCAAGAGGCAGCAGUCGGAAGAAAAGCCCAAGCCGCAGUCAAAGCAGUCCCCAAAGCAGCAACAGCCCAAGCCAGCAGAACAGCCGAAGCAGCCGCCUAAGCCACAGGAGCAACCAAGGCAGCAACAGGUCAAACCACAAGAGCAACCUAAACAGCAACAGGCCAAACCACAGGAGCAACCAAGACAGCAACAGGCCAAACCACAGGAGCAACCAAGACAGCAACAGGCCAAACCACAGGAGCAACCAAGACAGCAACACGUCAAACCACAGGAGAAGCCUGACCAGCACCGAGCUAAGCCUCCCGAGCUGCCCAAGCAGCCGCUAACUAAACUACAAGAACAGCCGAAACAAGCAGUCACUAAACCAGCGCAACAGACGAAGCAGCGGCAGCAGACUAAACAAGAAGAUCUGACAAAGCAAACUCACGCAAAACAAGAGCCCCCAAAGCAGCAACAGGUUAAACAAGAGCAGCCGGCCAAACCGCUAGAUCGGCUAAAACAACAGGCAGUGCAAAAGCCUCCAUCCAAACUGCCGCAACCCACCCAGUCGAAAGUGCAGCAACAGCAGCCUCCAUCUAAACAACAACAAACGGUGCAGCAGCCGCCAGUGGUCGCGAAGCCGGCCGCACCGCAGAUCGUCCUGGACGAGGAGGACUCCGACGAGUACGAGACGGAGGAGGAGUACGAGGACGGCGACGAGGAGCCUCGCGACAACAAGCUGGCCGAGGCGGACGUCGACGUGGACGACGAGGAGUACGAGGACGAGGAGGAGGCGGACGAAGAGGAAGAAGCGGAGGAGGAAGAGGUGGAGGAAGAGGUGGAGGACGAAGAGGAGGUGGACGAGGACGUUGAGGAGGACGACGAGUCCGAUGACGACGAGCUGAAGACGGCCUGGGACGGCAUCGAAGUAGAAGUCAAAGAAAAGGACAUUGUGAUAGAGAAGGAGAAGGACAAUGCAAAGGAUAAUUUGAGAGAAAAGGGGAAGGACAGUGAAAAGGAAAAAGAGAAAGACGACGAGAAGGAGAAGGACAAGGAGAAGUCGGCCAGCACGGCCACGGUGGAGAUCGUGCCCAUCAUCAAGGAGCGCGUCGUCCUGCAGCCCGCCGCGGAGCUCCCCAAGGAAGUCAAGGAGCGCCUGGAGAGGGAGAGGGAGGCGCGCCGCUUCCUGGCCGAGGGCCUCGUCACGUCGUACGACGAGGCCGAGCUGGCCGCGCAGCUGCUGCAGCUGGACUUCAGCCGGGAGGACGCGCUGAGCGCCGCCACCGAGUGCACCACGCUGCAGCAGGCCCUGGCCUUCCUGCAGCAGGAGUGCGAGCUCUGCACCGGCAAAUACCCCAUGAAGCAGAUGGUGUCCAUGCUCAAGUGCGUGCACCGCUGCUGCCGCGACUGCGCCAAGAACUACUUCACGAUCCAGGUGACGGACCGCACCAUCGCGGACGCCAACUGCCCGUUCUGCAAGGAGCCCAACCUGGACGGCCAGGCCUCCGACGACGACGUGCUCGAGUACUUCAGCAACCUGGACAUCAUGCUCAAGACGAUCCUGGACGCGCCCGUGCACGAGCUGUUCCAGCGGAAGCUGCGCGACCGCACCCUCAUCAUGGACCCCAACUUCCGGUGGUGCGUCAAGUGUGACUCCGGCUUCAUCGCGAACCCCCGGCAGAGGCGCCUGGUGUGCCCCGACUGCAGGUCCGUGACCUGCGCCUCCUGCCGAAGGACGUGGGAGAAGCAGCACGAAAACAUUUCCUGCGAGAAGUUCGCCGAGUGGAAGGAGAAGAACGACCCCGAGACGCAGGCCGCCGGCCUGGCUAAGCACCUGGCCGAGCACGGCAUCACCUGCCCCAAGUGCCAGACCAAGUUCUCCCUGUCCAGGGGCGGGUGCAUGCACUGCACGUGCUCGCAGUGCAAGCACGAGUUCUGCUCGGGCUGCGCCAAGCCCUUCACGAUGGGCGCCAAGUGCGGGCAGACGCCGUACUGCGCCAAGCUGGGCCUGCACGCCCACCACCCCAGGAACUGCCUCUUCUACCUCCGCGACAAGGAGCCCGUCCAGCUCAAGCAGCUGCUCAAGGAUCACGGCGUCGAGUUCAACGAGGAGCUGCCGGCGUGGAUGGUGGCGGGCACCGAGGCGCCCGACAAGAAGGCGGAGGCCGGGAAGGAGGCCCAGGUCGCCGGCGACGCCCAGGCGGCCGAGGUCAAGGUCAACGGUAACGCCGAGGCCAACGUCGACGCCGAGACCAAGGUGGAGGGGAGCGCGGCACCCGCCAAGCCCGCCGCCAAGCCCAUGAAGUGCCCCAUGCAGCUGCAGAGAGAGACGCCGGAGGGCCUCAUCGACGCGGUGUGCGGGGUGGAGGCGCCACCGGGGCACGCCGGACUGUGCAGGUCGCACUAUAUCGAGUUGUUAGCUAGGGAGGUCCGCCGCCUCGCGCUGGACACGCUGGGCAUCCUGACGGCCGACGACCUGGAGACGGUGGUCCGCCGCUCGGACAAGCGGCUGCCCCCGAACCCCUACGGCACUCCCCCCUCGGCCUACCGACAGGCCCUCGCGCAGCAAAAUGGAAACUCCGCCGAGGCGCCGAGGUUUUGGAGGGAAGUACCCGUGUGGCCCCGCCAGCCAACGCGCCACGCUCUGCUCACAGGCAGCACUGUCGAGUACCUCGUGGCGCUGAUCGGGCGCCACCGGCUGGACCCCGUCGUCCUGUUCGACCUCGGGGAGGCCGUCCUGGAGCUCACCAGGCGGGGCAUGCCGCCGCCCGAGCGCCAGCCGGGCAUGUCGGACGAGGACUUCCGGAUCGUCUGCGUCAAGGUGGUUGAGGAGCAGAUUCCAUUGGACUGAAACGUUUUUGUUUGUUGUAUCUAUUUUGUUUUCCUUUAUUUAAGGUGGUUUUUUGUACACAUGUAUUAUUUGUGCGUUUGUAAAAUUCUUGUUUUUUGAUUAGUAUUUAUUUCUUAGAAAAGAUAAUAAUUCACUGA